AUGUACGAUGUCACAACUAACCUGGAAGACCACAUCAAGACAUUUACCAAUCGGAUAACGUUUCAUACUUGGAAGGACGCCAUCUGGUGUCGAGCCUUCUCCUUAUCUCUAGAAGGGGAAGGGCUAGAGUGGUUCAAUUCCUUGCCUCUUAACACAAUUAAGAACUUUGAAAGACUUAAGCGCAUGUUUGGACAACAAUUUGCGGGCAACCAGGCCCAAGACUUGACCGUUUUUGCGUUGGUAAACCCUAAGAAGGAGAAGGAAGAAUCAUUCAGGGCAUUCAUGGACCGGCUAGAACUGUUCGUCGAUAGCAUUUGUCAACGAGCCCUUAUGACUAUGGAGGAGUUAAGGGAACGGGCGGAGGAGGUUAUAAGGGUGGAGGAGAUGAAGGAGGUAUGGGGUGAGCAAGGUGCUUGUAGACAAGGACAACUUUGUCGACAUUCUGUAUUGGAAGAUGUUCCAACAGAUGUUGGAAGAUCUGAUUGUGCCCUAAAACGAGCAAAUAGUGGGCUUCGCAGGAAAACAAGUGGAUACUUGGGGGUACGUGGAGCUUCGUACCCCCCUCGGGACCGGUCGGGAGAGCGAAGAUUAGCGGGGCGUUACUUGUUGGUGGAAGUCAACACAUCUUACAACGUGCUACUGAGCACCAUGUUUUAA